AUGUCUGGGCACGAGACAAAAGAUGGGUACCAAGUGUGCUACGCUUGUGUAUUCAGCCGUACUAGGCAGUCACGGCCGGAUAUGAGCUUCUUGCAAUAUGCCCCCAACCAGCUGAUACACGGUUUGCAUCUACGAACAGCCCUUCAUGGCCUGUCGCCGAACGAAAACCUGCCUAUUGUGGAAUCAGCACAGGAAAUAGCGGACAGGAGGGUAACUUACCGAGCGGAUGCCAUAGAUUCCAUGCAGCUUGCGGCUAAGGCAAUGGAACGAAACACAAACGAGCGCCUGAAAGACAUGUCUUUCGACGUUGGGGAUUGGGUGUUAUUAAUACAGACUCGUCUUGUUUAUAAACUCGAAUGCAAACGCAUGAGCCUCUCUUGA